AUGGAGACCCCGUUCUGGGUGAUGUUGGGGGUUCCGGACGAUCCCGACGAGGAAGACCCCGGUGGGACUGAUCCCUCUCGUCCCGACUGUGCGUGCGCCGUGGCCUCCAGCCCUCCUCGAGCAAUCCCUCCACGUCACACUCCAAGCGUCCUGGCUGAGAUCCCAUGCGUCCUCCAGCAUUCCAUCCACCCUCCACGGGACUCGUUGAGAGCCGUCAGCGGCUCCACACACUUCAGCCUCCACUCUUGUUGGGCCGUGGGCAUCGCCACCGGAAGUGCCGAUGUCAGCCCAGAAACACAGCACAGCAAGGGUCCUAACCGGGCCCUCGCCGACGUGCAUACGUUCGCUAAAAGGACACUGCUCCGCAACGCACAUCAAUCUCCCCCGGCCAACAGCCCAGCGCAUAGCACAUGGACCAUUCGCUGGCGGAGACCCCCGUGCACAGCGGCCGCGUCUCCACAUCCACAGGAGGAUAUCUACUCCAAUGGUUUACCCCCAGUGCUGAUUAAUCCAGCCGACGUUGAUCCCGAGCUCUGUUGUGCACAGUGCGGGCCCAGGACCGGCACAGUGGCUCUGCUGCCGGAGGUCAGAGUGUUUCCUGUGUCUGCAUUGGCUCAGAAAAGAGAUUAUUCAUCGCCCCCACCUGCAAAGUAUGGAGGAAGACACACAGUAACAAUGAUCCCAGGGGAUGGCAUUGGACCAGAACUCAUGCUGCAUGUAAAAGAAGUUUUUAGACAUGCUUGUGUGCCAGUGGACUUUGAAGUGGUGAAUGUGAAUUCUACUGCCUCAGAUGAAGAGGACAUCCAGAAUGCUAUUACUGCUAUUCGAAGAAACAGAGUGGCACUGAAGGGUAAUAUUGAGACAAACCAUAACAUGCCUCCAUCCCACCGCUCCCGAAAUAACUUACUUCGUACCAGCUUAGACCUGUACGCCAAUGUUAUCCACUGUCAGAGCCUCCCAGGGGUCCAGACCCGACAAAAGGAGAUUGACAUCCUGAUCGUGCGGGAGAAUACUGAGGGAGAGUACAGCAGCCUGGAGCAUGAGAGUGUAUCUGGAGUAGUGGAAAGUCUGAAGAUCAUCACACGAACAAACUCCCUACGCAUCGCAGAAUAUGCCUUUAAACUGGCCAGAGAAAAAGGAAGAAAGAAAAUUACAGCUGUGCACAAGGCCAAUAUCAUGAAGCUGGGGGAUGGCCUCUUUCUUCAGUGCUGCAAGGAGGUGGCUUCUGGGUACCCUGACAUCACUUUUGAGAGCAUGAUUGUGGACAAUACCACAAUGCAGCUUGUAUCUAGCCCCCAGAAGUUUGAUGUGAUGGUGAUGCCCAACCUUUAUGGGAACAUAGUGAACAAUGUCUGUGCUGGACUGGUAGGAGGCCCAGGAUUGGUACCCGGAGCAAACUAUGGUAGCGUCUAUGCGGUGUUUGAGACGGCUACCAGAAACACAGGAAAGAGCAUUGCCAACAAGAACAUUGCAAACCCUACAGCAAUGCUUUUAGCCAGUUGCAUGAUGUUGGACCAUCUCAAGUUACACAGUUACGCGGAAUCUAUUCGUAAAGCUAUUCUAGGCAGUAUGAAUGAGCACCGGCCAAUCCCAUGA